UCUCCGUUCAGACACGUGCUACACUAUCACUGCAGAGAUGAAGUACGAGAGCAUAGAUGAAGAACCUGCCGCUCGCCCCGACGUAGACUACCAUUUCUGGUCGGCCGUGGCUGUUGUUGAAGUAUUCCUCUUUCUCAUCGUUCUGCCUCUGCUGCUCGUCUACACCAUCUAUUUUCAUGACGGUUUCGCGUGGGAGGCUCAUAACACGUACCUGACGAUUUUCAACGUGCAUCCCUUGUGCAUGGUGCUUGGCUUCGUCGUCCUCUACUCACAAGGUGCUUUGGUUUAUCGUGUGUUGCGUAAACUGCCGAAGAUGGUUGUGAAGCUUAUUCAUGCAGCGAUUAUGCUGAGUGUCGUGGUGUGUACUGUAGUCGGUCUUUUAGCUGUCUUCACACUCCACAACGACAACAACAUUGCGAAUCUAUACUCACUACACAGCUGGAUGGGACUGACGACGGUCAUUUUGUUUGGAUGUCAGCUCUUGGCUGGCUUGAUGAUUUUCUUGCUGCCAUUUCCAUGUAUUACACAUGGUCAACGUGAAAUUGCAAAGCUAUGGCAUCAUAAACUUGGAUUUAUGAUCUACAUUCUUGCUGCGCUAACUGUUCUGUCUGGACUGCAAGAGAAAGCUGGAUUCGGUCUAGGAAAACACAACUGUAAAGUGAGGUUUGCAAAUGGUACUUGUCAUAUCGAGUAUGCUUAUGAGGACAAGAGACCGGAGGGAAUCGUCUUGAAUCUCAUAGGGCUUUUUGUUGGUCUGUCGAUGGUUGGUGUGGUGGCUAUUGUGACAGAAACUGACUGGAGGAGACAUUCAGAGGACUGAAGGUUGGACGAGAAAAGACGGAAAUUGCAAGAUUCUAAGUGUGGGGAUUCUUCAGAUUUCGCGUAUUAGAGUUAGGUUAGUCUAGAAAUUAGAUGUAUAGCGCAGCUGCAUGGCAGAAAUAUAUGACCGCAGGAAAAACGACA